GCCAAAGUUGGCGUUGGCCCAAAGCCCAAUGCCCAUACCGCAGCGUAGACUCCCAGAUUUUUCCGAUUCACACAGUAAAUUUAGUACCCCCUCCGGACAGAUAUUUCCCAACUGCACCACGUACAUGUCUUCUCUCUCUCAAUCUCUCUCUCUCUCUAUCUAAAAACACACAUCUCUUUCUCUCACUACUAGGUCGGGCCGUUAGCUAAUUUAGCCAAACAUCGCUCACCACCACUCGUUUCCCUUCACCAAUCUUCUCCAUCUUUCUCAUACCCCAAAACAGAACACAAUAACCCCCCCCCCAAAAAAGAAACCCUAAUUCCUCUUUUUCUAUCUCCACCUUCUAGUAAGCAGCUGAGGUUUGUGUUGAUUUGCUGUGCUCAUAGAUAUACUAGGGUAGGGUUUUGCUUCUGUUUUUGGUUUGGUUUGGUUUGGUUUUGAAUUUGAGGUGUGAUGAUGGGUUGAAGAGAAAGUUGUUGGAGUAGGAGUUAUGAUGGAGUGGGACAGCAAUUCUGAUGUGAGCGGCGAUGAAGAAGGGUUCCUAUUGAACGAUGGGGGUCCCCUCCCCUUUCCCGUCGACAGUUUGCUCCAACCAGCCCCGUGCGGGUUCGUUGUCACCGAUGCCUUAGAGCCAGACCAUCCUAUUAUUUAUGUCAAUUCUGUUUUCGAGAUGGUCACUGGUUAUCGAGCUGAAGAGGUCCUUGGCCGUAAUUGUCGAUUCUUGCAAUGCAGAGGUCCAUUUGCAAAAAGAAGGCAUCACCUGGUGGAUUCUACUGUAAUUUCAGAAAUAAGAAGAUGCCUUGAAGAUGGAAUUGAGUUCCAAGGCAGUUUGUUGAAUUUUAGGAAAGAUGGAUCUCCAUUGAUGAAUAGAUUGCGUGUGACGCCUAUAUAUGGAGAUGAUGACAUAAUAACUCAUUUUAUUGGUAUCCAGUUCUUUACUGAAGCAAAUCUUGAUCUGGGUCCACUUCCAGGAUCUUCAACGAAGGAGUCUGCAAGAACAUCUGACUGGUUCCAUUCCAGUCUUUCCUCAUACAGGCCAAUUGCAGAUUCGAACCGAAGUAUCACUCGUGGUGGGGCUUGUGGAAUACUGCAACUGAGUGAUGAGGUCCUGUCUUUCAAGAUUCUUUCACGCUUGACUCCCAGAGAUAUUGCAUCUGUUGGCUCUGUCUGUAGGCGACUCUACGAGCUAAUAACAAAGAACGAGGAUCUUUGGAGAAUGGUCUGUCAAAAUGCUUGGGGUAGCGAAACUACUCGAGUUUUAGAGGCAGUGCCCGGAGCAAAGAGACUUGGGUGGGGUAGACUGGCAAGGGAACUCACCACUCUUGAAGCAGCAGCAUGGAGGAAGCUAACUGUUGGAGGUGCCGUUGAACCCUCUCGCUGCAACUUCAGUGCAUGUGCCGUUGGGAAUCGGGUGGUUCUUUUUGGUGGGGAAGGGGUCAACAUGCAACCAAUGAACGAUACCUUUGUUUUGGACUUAAACUCUAGCAACCCAGAGUGGCAACACGUCAAAGUAAGCUCUCCACCUCCUGGUCGUUGGGGCCACACGCUUUCUUGUGUGAACGGAUCUCAUUUGGUUGUAUUUGGAGGCUGUGGAAGGCAAGGUUUACUCAAUGAUGUCUUUGUAUUGGAUUUGGAUGCCAAGCAACCAACUUGGCGUGAAAUCUCAAGUCGGGCCCCUCCACUUCCACGAUCAUGGCACAGCUCAUGUACCCUUGAUGGGACAAAAUUGAUUGUUUCGGGUGGUUGUGCAGAUUCCGGAGUGCUGCUUAGUGACACUUUUCUGCUUGACCUCUCAAUGGAGAAGCCCAUCUGGACAGAGAUACCAGUAGCGUGGACCCCACCUUCUCGUUUGGGUCACACAUUAUCCGUGUAUGGUGGUAGGAAAAUCUUGAUGUUCGGGGGUCUCGCAAAGAGUGGGCCCCUGCGCUUCCGCUCCAGCGAUGUCUUCACGAUGGAUCUGAGUGAAGAAGAACCGUGUUGGAGAUGUGUAACCGGCAGUGGUAUGCCUGGUGCUGGAAAUCCAGGGGGCAUAGCUCCUCCUCCAAGACUUGAUCAUGUAGCCGUGAGCUUGCCGGGUGGCAGAAUAUUGGUCUUCGGUGGGUCUGUGGCGGGUCUUCACUCUGCCUCACAGCUUUAUAUCCUGGAUCCAACGGAUGAGAAGCCAACAUGGAGGAUAUUAAAUGUACCUGGUAGACCUCCGAGAUUUGCUUGGGGACACAGUACGUGCGUUGUUGGAGGGACAAGGGCCAUUGUUCUUGGUGGUCAAACAGGAGAGGAAUGGAUGCUAAGUGAACUUCAUGAACUAUCUUUGGCAAGUAAUGUUAUCUGAUUUGGGAGAAACAGAAAGAACAAACAAGGGAUUCUUUGACCUCUGGGAAGUGAAGUUCUCUAUAAGUUAAAAUCAAUGUGGAGAAAAUGUGCAUUUGUUAUGAAGAUGCAUGACAGAUAUAUAUAUAUAUAUAUAUGGCUCUGGUUGAUACUUGCGAAAGCAGAUGCUGCUGUUGCAUCGGUGCAUUUUCUUGUAAGAGAUCGCGAUGCACACUUUCUGAGUGACUUUCCAUCAGUGUUUGAGGCGUGAUGUAUGUAACUGAUAGUUUGGACACAUUGGACCAUUACCCCUUUCUAGGUUAAUUAAUAGUAGUACUUUGAUAGUUUGGUAGUUUCUUUGUUGAUAGCAAACCAUGUGUUUAUUGUGGUUUAGCAGGUUCCAUAAUUUAGACCCAACUUUCCCAACUACCUUCUUCAUCCUCAUCCCCGAGACCAUUAAAGAAAGAAAGAUGGGUGAGAAAAAGAAGAUAAGCAGCGCUGCAUGUGUAUAUAUCUAGUGACGAACUGAUUUUAUCUUUUUUAUGCAUCUUUUCUGGACAAUCUUAUUAAGCAAGGGGGUGAGGCUGUAAUCUGGAGAAGUGGUCAGUGUCACCAUUGUUGCAUAAUGGUUGCUUGCCUGCUCUUUUCUGCUACGGCUGUGGUGGUUGGGAUUGUUGAGACAGUCUUUUUGCUCUAAUAGUUAAUAAGGGUCCGAUGAUGCUGCUUCUCACGUGUUUGCUAGUUGUGGUUCAAUCUUAUUUCGCAUUCGAAGUUAAGCUUUUGGAUAUGUUGCUGUUUAAAAAGUUUAUUGUGUUUUAUAGCGUUC